AAAAAUGAUUUUUGCAUAAUGAAUUGGUAUGCAAAGGUGAGUCGUCGUAUAUGACAAUCCACCGAGUUUACCGAUUGAUAUACCUUUACAAAAAAUAAAUAAAAAACAUUUAUAAGUAAAAAAUAAAAUAAACUACUAUAAAAGUGGGGAAAGAAAGAAUAAAAAAAUAAAUAAAUAAAAAAAAAACACUACAUACAGCAACAAACGUGAAAGAAAUCAUGAGCAGUCUCAGUAUAGAGCUCGCAGUCGCAGCUGACACUCGGUGCCCUGUGAAUUUGUUAAAAAAAAAAUACAUAAUCUCAUUCAUUACAAAAAAAAAACAACCAACAAUUUACAUCAUAAAAAAAGUAAAAAAAAAAAAAGGAAUUAACCGCAGUGGAAAAUGUUCAAGUGAAGACCUCCAAGUGAUCCAAGUGAUGAAAUAAAAUAUCAAAAAAAAAAAAAAAAGAAAUCUAAUACAUAAUAAAAUAACAAUAAUAAUGUACAGUUAUUGUCAGAUAAUAGAAGCUUAUUCGAGGGUCAAGAUCAUGAAAAUUAAUCGAUAAAAAAAUUGUGUACAUUAAAGUGAUUAAAAAAUGUCUCUGAUUAAUACUAAAAAUAUCAACAAUCAAUUGACACGAGACAAGGAAAACAAACCAGCCUACGACAUUAAAUUGGAACGUGUGCUGGGCGUGACUGUGUCGAGUAAUGCAGCAUUAGAUUGCGACACUGUUAGUGAGUUGGUUGCAUAUCCUGCAGGAUGUACAAUUGUACUUUUUAAUCCACGUAGUAAUACACAGACACAUGUACUUAAUGGAUGUAGAAAAACAGUGACAUCACUUGCACUUGCUGGUGAUGGUAGACUCCUAGUUACUGGCGAAUGUGGACACAUGCCAAAUGUACGUGUUUGGGAUAUAUCUGAUCCUCAAAAUGCCAUUCAAAUUGCUGAAUUUCCAAGUCACAAAUAUGGAAUAAAUUGUGUCGCAUUUUCACCGAGCAACAAAUAUGUAGUUUCAGUGGGUUCACAACAUGACAUGAUUGUAAAUGUAUGGGACUGGCGUAAUAAUAUAAAAGUUGCAUCAAAUAAAGUAUCAAGCAAAGUCAAGGCUGUGUCAUUUGCUGAAAAUGGAAAUUAUUUUGUUACAGUUGGUAAUAGACAUGUAAAAUUUUGGUAUUUAGAAUAUUCACGUAAUGCUAAAUACAAAGAACCAGUACCAUUAAUGGGACGUUCAGCAAUACUUGGUGAACAACGUAAUAAUGAUUUUGUUGAUGUAACAUGUGGUCGUGGUGAUAUGGCUGAUUCAACCUAUGCAAUAACAAAAACUGGUUUAUUAUGUGAAUUUAAUAAUCGUCGUUUACUUGAUAAAUGGGUUGAAUUACGUACAACAAGUGCAAAUUGUAUGGCUAUUGGUGAAAAAUAUAUAUUUAUUGGUUGUGCUGAAGGUAUUGUACGUUGUUUUAGUCCAAAAACAUUACAAUUUAUAACAACAUUACCACGUACACAUUAUUUAGGUGUUGAUGUAUCACAAGGUUUAACAAUAAAUCACAUGUCACAACAUCCAAAAGCAGCAAAAUAUCCAGAUACAAUUGCACUUGCAUUUGAUGAAAAUAAUAAUAAAUUAACAUGUGUUUAUAAUGAUCAUAGUAUUUAUGUAUGGGAUAUACGUGAUAUCAGAAGAGUUGGUAAAUCACAUUCAUUUUUAUAUCAUUCAGCAUGUAUAUGGGGAGUUGAAAUGUAUCCAACUGGUAAUGAAUCAACAAAUUCAAUGCCAAAUGGAAGUUUUAUAACAUGCUCAAGUGAUGAUACAAUACGUGUAUGGAAUAUUGAUGAUAAUUUAAAAACCGAUAAUAUAAUAUAUAAUCGUAAUAUAUAUUCAAAUGAGCUAUUGAAAAUUUUAUACAUUGAUCAAGAGUUAACAUAUUUAAAAGAUCUUGAUUUAUCAGCUGCUGGAUCAAAUGAAAAAAAUGAUGCAUCAUAUGACGGUAGAAAUGGUGUUAGAUCAAUAAGAGUUAGUCCAGAUGGUAAAAAUCUUGCAUCAGGUGAUCGUUCUGGUAAUAUUAGAAUACAUGAUAUUAAUACACUUGAUGAACAAUGUUUAAUUGAGGCACAUGAUGCUGAAGUACUAUCAUUAGAAUAUUCAAAAUAUACAAAAUUAACAAUUGAUUCACCAAAAUUAUUAGCAAGUGCAUCACGUGAUCGUUUAAUACAUGUAUUUAAUGUUGAUGAAGGUUAUAAUUUUCUUCAAACACUUGAUGAUCAUAGUUCAUCAAUAACAGCUGUUAGAUUUUUUAAUCAAACAAAUCAAACUGAUAAAGUACAAAUGGUAUCAUGUGGUGCUGAUAAAAGUAUUAUAUUUCGUCAAUUACAAACAACACCUGGUGGUUUACCACAAUUUAUACGUGAUCAUAAUGCUGCUGGUAAAACAACUUUAUACGAUAUGGAAAUUGAUUCUGGUCAAAAACAUGUAUUAACAGCAUGUCAAGAUAGAAAUAUUAGAGUAUAUAAUGUUACAACUGGUAAACAUAGUAAAACAUUUAAAGGUUCUGUUGGUGAGGAUGGUUCAUUAAUUAAAGUUGUACUUGAUCCAUCUGGUAUUUAUGUUGCAACAUCAUGUACUGAUAAAACAUUAUGUGUUUAUGAUUAUUAUAGUGGUGAAUGUAUGGCAACAAUGCUUGGACAUUCUGAGCUAGUUACUGGUUUAAGAUUUAGUUAUGAUUGUCGUUAUUUAGUAUCAGCAAGUGGUGAUGGUUGUAUAUUUAUAUGGAAAAUACCACAUGAUAUGGUUGUUACAAUGCAAGCAAGAUUAUCACAACAAGCUAUACGUGCUGGUAAAAAAAUUAAUACAACAACAACAGCAAAUGAUUUACAAUAUGAUAACAAUACAUUUGGUCCACCAACACCUGAUUUUUUUGAACAAAAUACAAUAACAAAUACAGAAACAACAGCAACAGCACAAUCAAUUGUUGAUGAUUAUCGUUUUAGCGUUGGUCAAUUACCACAUUGGGCUAAAAAACAAAUAAAUACAAAUACAAAUUCAACAACAACAACUACAUUAUCAUCAUCAUCAUCAUUAUCAGCUUCAUCAACAUUAACAACAACAGCAGCAGCAGCAUCAGCAACAACAACAGCAACAUCAAUUGAUACUGUUAAUGAUGUUAAUAAUGUUUCAUCUGGUGUUAGAUCACUUGGUAUUGAUAUGCCAAAAGGUAGAUGGGCACAAAGAGUACAACAAACUGAUUCAAUAACAGUCAAAUCAAUUUAUGAUAGUGAUGAAAUUAUACCAUUUCCUGUACCACGUAGUGGGCUAGUUGAUUUAGAUGGUGUAGUUGGUGGAUCUAAAGAUAGCUCAAUUGACAGUGGCACUGAAACAAAAUCUAGUAGUGAUUAUAGAAGAGAUACAAUAAGCAUCAAAAGAGAAGAUGAAAAUUCAUUUAAACCAUGUCCCGAUAGUUACCAAGAAUUGACUGAUGACUCAAAGAAGGCGGCUGGUGGCAAUGUAACAUUAACUAGAGGUAGUAAUGAAGACGAAAUGAUUUGGCAUUUGACAACACGAUAUUUCAUUGAUGACAGCAAAAUUGAGGAUCAAGAUGGUGAACAUGAUGGUGAUGUUGAGGAUUAUUCAGAGGGUGAAAAUGGCACAACUGGCUCGGAAAAAUCACAUCACAGAUUGAUGUAUUAUCCAGCACCUGAAGACAUUGUAUCAAAUCAAUUUAAAGUUAAUGCAAUGGAUGUUGAAGAGCUGCGACGUUCACAGAGACGAGGUAAAAAAAUUCGUAUUGGUGAAACAAAUCGUAGCAGUGAAUUAACAACAGCAUCAGGUAGUCAAGAUGAUUCAGAUUCUGAAGGUGGUGCAUCAACUCCAAGUGCUGAACGUAAUCCAUUGUCAAUGUUAUCUGAAGCAAGUUCAGAAGGUUUUGAUUUAGUUGCUAAUCAAAAUCAACGUGAAAAAUAUCUUAAAAAUGCAUUUGAAUCAUUGAGUGGAGCUGAUGAACCAACCAAUAGAAAAUCUAGUAUUAGCUCACAAUUUCAUGGAAGAUUGAGUGGAGGAGAAAAUCAGGGAAAUAAAAUGAGAAUAACACCAACAUUAGCUGCACCAAAAGCUCCAAAAGAAUCUGAAGUUACUAAAAAUAGAGAAGAAUUACAACGAAGAAUUGAAGAGACACGAAGAAAACUUCAAAGUGUGGGCUAUCGAUCAUCAUUAAAAUCCAGUCAAAGUAUAUCAGAUUUAAGCAGUCAUAUUCCUGAUCGUCAUCAUCGUCAAAACCGAAUUGGAUCAGGUAAUAAUAAUUCAACUCAAUUGGUUCGUUAUGCAAUACCAACUAACAAAAAAAUAUCCCAAUCAUCUACUAAUACUAACAAAUUGGAAGAUAAUAUAAAUUAUGAUAAUAAUAUAAUAUCGAAAAAUAAUAAAAUUUCUUGUAUAACAAAACGUCCAUUAACAUUGUCAUUAAAAAAAAAUGAUAAAUAUAAAUUAUCUGUUGAUAAAAAAAAUUAUCAAUCAUUACCAGAAUCACCAGUAUGUGAAGAACUUAAAUUAUUUAAAGAAAAAUGUAAAAAAAGUAUUAAUGGUUUUACAAAAUUUGCUCAAAAACGUAGAUCAUGCAGUUAUUUUAUUGGUUUAAAUGAUGAAAAAGAUAAAGAACAAGAUGAAGAAGAAGAAAAUUACGUAGAAAAAGAUGAAGAAAAAAAUGAUUAUAUUACAAAAUCAUAUGAAAUUUUACCAAUGAAAAUUAAAAAACCAGUGUCUGAUUUAUCUGAUGAUAAUGAUGAUGAAAAUUUUAGUGAUGAUUCACUUGAAAGUGAUUAUAAAAAUCCACCACGUCGUUGUAUAAGUGAAUAUCAAAUAAAUUCAAAUAGUAAUAUACAAAUUGAGACUAAAAAACAUAUUGAUUUUAUGAAAAAAAAUUUUUGUGAAUCACAAGAAAGCAUAAUAUCUGAUGGAUCAAUUGAAGUAUUUGAUUGUACACAAUAUGACAAUGACCGACACUCAAGUGCUAGUUUUUUUUUGUCAAAAAAAAAAGGACAAAAAACACAAAGUCAAGAGAGUAUCCUAACUGAUAUUACUGAUGAUUAUCAAGUAUAUCCAAAUGAUGAUAAUGAUGAUGAUCAUAAAAGUACUGAAAGUAUAUUAAGUGAUGAUUCAGAUUCACUUGCUAAAUCAGCACCACUUGAAAUGUUAUUUGAUUCACAUUAUAAACGUAAACGUCAAAAUUCUGAUACAUAUAUUUCAAAUCCAAGCAAUGAAAAUACCAAUUUAAAAAUUAUAAAUCGUUCAGUAUUUCGAUCGAAAUCACUACAAGAUACAAGAUUAAGCACAGCUAAAGCAGCAAUAAAUUAUACUGAAGAAAAUUUUCAUCCAAAUAAAACAUGUAUUUAUUAUGAAUUUAAUAUUGAUAAUAAUGAUAAUAAUUUUAAUUCAAAAAUACGUACAUCAUGUCGUUCAGAUGUAACAAGAAGUAAUAGUUUAAAAAUAACAAAAGAAAAAAAAUCAUCAUUAUUAAUACUUGAUGAUUUUGUACCACAUAAACCACCAAAACCAAAAAGAACAUUUUCACGUACACAAAGUAUGAGAAAUCGUAGUAGACCAACAUGGAAUAAAAAUAUAACAAAUAUAACAUUAUCAAAAUCAACUGAUUUUAAUAAUAAAAAUACAGAUGAUGAUGAUAUUUAUCAACAACAACAUGAACAACAACAACAAUUGUCAUUGGAUAAUAAUGAUAAAACCUUAACAUCACUGCCACAACAAUUAACCACAAUAACAGCAUCAAAUGUUGCAAUUGUUAUUCCAAACGUGCCAAAUCGUGAUUGUGAAAAAACUAAUAAUUUUACUGAUAAAAUAACAAUUAACAAUGAUAAAUAUUUAAAAAAUUGUGAAUACGAUGGUGAUUCUGGUUUUGAAAAUCAAAUACCAACAAAAGAUAAUAAUAAUUUCGAAACAUAUGAUUCACUUGAGCCAAAUAAUGGUGCAUCAUCAGCUGAUGUAUCAUCAACAUCUGAUUCACAAACUCAUGAUUCAAAUAAAUAUAAUAAUAAUAAUAACAAUGACAAUGAUAAUAAUAAUAAUGUUGACAUACGUAUAACACGUGCAAUUGAAGGAACAGUUAAAUUAUUAUCAAAAGAAUUUGAAAAUUUAGUUAGACGUGAAAAAAAUUAUUAUACAAUUAAAAAUCCAUUACUAAAAAAACUCGAGGCUGAUAAAUAUACAUUAUUAAAAAUUGAUAAUCGUCGUUUAUCAAUUGGUGAUGAUAGUGAUUAUACAAUUGAUAAAUCAUUAAUGGAAUCAAGCUCAUCAACACCUGGUUCAAGUUGUACAAAUUCACCAAAACGUGUAUGGCCACCAGCCUCGAGAUGUCAACUUAAAUGGACAAAAACAUUACCAACAAUUAGUCAAAAUAUACUACCAUCAAAACAUCAUUUUUCAGUUUCAGGAAAACUUUCUAGUAAAAAUUUAAAUCAAUCAGUGAGAAAUAAUUCGAGUGUUAAUAAUACUGGUUUACCUUCGAGAUAUGGUUCCAGUAAAAAUCACUCGAGUCAUAUGACACGUAGUAGCAGUGUUGGAAUGCUAAAUCAGCAAAGUGAUUCAGAGUCUGAUGCUAGUAUGGCAGGUAAAAGUUGGAUAAAUCAAGCACCAAAUAAUAGAAUAAGUGCAUUGAUGAGACCAACAAUAAGUUCACAAAAUAAAAUUAAUCAUCAAACAAAACAAAAUUCAAAUAGUAAUCUUCCAAUGGUACUUAGAAGACGUGGUAUGCAAAGUGCAUAUUCAAGUGUUAAUUUGAGUCAAGUUGGUAAUCAAGAAGAUUCAAGUUCCGAAGACACAUCAUCAAAUGGCAAUGGAAAUGGAAAACCAGCUUUACCACCAAGACCAAGAAGCAUCAAUAUUGAUCCAUCAAAUAACAGUUUAAAUUCUGUUGUACCAAUAAUAAGAAGAUCAGCUUCAAACACAACAAUAACAAAUGGUCGACCAAUGAGUACCAUUGGAAGUCCAAGGUUAUCUAGUCGAAAUCAACUUGAUCCAAGUCCUCAAGAACUUCCUGUCAAAGAUACCGAUCGUACAAUUGAUGUUGCAGGUGCUGAGUUAGACACGGAUAGACGAUUAGUAUCUCCACAAUUAUGCAAUACUAUUGCGGAUGAAUUAACAAGAACAGCUGAUAAUGUUGUACAGUUGUAUAAAAGAUUAACGAUGGAUCAAAGUGGUAAUACAAGUGGUGAAACAAUUGAUAGAGAGACAAUGUUACGUGGUCGCCUAAUCCGUCCGGCGUAUUAA